AUGCCAUACGAGCCAGGCCAACCUUAUCGUGAAGAAGAACACUCAAACGGUCACCCACCAUCUGGUAGAGACCCUGGUCACUUGGAAGAGGCCGCCUUCGACCUCUUCCGACGGGUCCUUUUCCCCGAUUCCCAUGAACACCAUCCUGGUGAACACAACACUGAGCGUCUUGCGGACUUGAUGAGACUACUCGAUACACACGGUCACUCGAGUGACUUCAGAGACGUUCUGAAGGAAGUAGAGUUUUACCAUCCUGGGUUUCUCAACAAGUUGAAACACGGCGACGCUCACGACUACGUUGAAGGACUCUAUCGUCGACACACUGAGGAGGCUUUUGACCCCAACGAGUGGGAGCUGGACCAUGGUGGCCAUGAGAAAGGAAGGGUGGAAGAGGAAGACUCUCAUUGGAACCGUGAAGUGGUCAAGAGUGGACGCGGGAUGGAAGUCGGUGGAGAGAGAGGAGGGGACAUCAAUCGAUGA